AUGAACCUCUCCACAGCCUGUCUCUCCAUCAUCCUCGUUGCUGCCCUCUUCUCUCAGGCCACUCCUGCUCCAAUUGGGGCUGACACAACUGUGUGCUGCUUCAGCUACACCUCACGAAAGCUGCCCCAGAGUCAUGUGAAGGAUUAUUUCUACACCAGCAGCAAGUGCUCACAGCCAGCAGUUGUGUUCAUCACCAGGAAGGACCGGGAGGUCUGUGCCAACCCUGACACCCGCUGGGUGAAGGAAUAUGUGAACACCCUGGAGCUGCAGUGA